GGGGAAAUUGGAAGAGUCCGUCCAUGCUCAGGACAACCUGCAAUGACAACACAACAUCUUCAGGGGAAUCUCCAUGCACAGGGACAUGCUCCAUGACAAUCAAUGGAUUAAUGGACGAUCUGUGUGAAGAUAGAGAGGGAAGAACCGAGUGUCUGCUCUGCCCCCCAGGGUGGAUGCUGCACAGGGGGAGAUGUUACUACUUCUCAGAGCAAUCGGGGACCUGGGAUGCCAGUAUGCGAAAUUGUUCAGGCAGGAAAUCCCAGCUGCUUGUUGUUGAAGAUGAGGCUGAGAUGGAAUUUAUAGCAACCAGAACAGAAAAGAAAUAUUUCUGGAUUGGAUUAAACUUUCAAGAGAAAGAGGGAAGAUGGAUGUGGCUUGGUGUCCCCCACUUAAAAGGGCACAGGCUGAGCUUGGUGAUGGUAAAUGGAACUGGAGAUGGCAAAAACUGUUCUGCUUUCAACAAGGAGAAGUUACACCCUGAGAAAUGCCCGUUUUCGCACAGAUGGAUCUGCAAGAAAAAUGCAACCUUGCUGGCUCCCUAGAAUAACCCAGAACAUUAGACACCGUCCCUUGUAGAAUGAUGCAUUUUCUUGUACUUUGUGAUAUUUUAAUGUAAAUAAUCAUAAGAGCAUUGCACAGAAACCAUAGCAUUCGGCAAUCCUGUGUCAAUUGACCUCUGGCUGUAUUAGGGAUAGGUUUGUAUUGUAACCUCCUGUAGCUCCUGGUGUCCAAGGAUAGACUAUGUUUAGCUAAACAGAUUAUAAUAGUUGAUGCACGAUAAAAUGCCUGUGACUAUCUUUUCUGUAUUAAGAAAUGACUCAUAAACACCUCUUUUUUUGCUUACUUUCAACUUUUGUAUUAAGAUUUUCAAGUAGAAACUCUUAUGCAAUGAAAGGUUAUUUCCUGCCCCUUGGUGCAGCUGCAUUAGUGGGAACCAUUUUGGUUCCUCUGACCAGCUGUGCCCAAAGAUGACUUAUGUGUACAUUGUGAGUAAAUGUCAAUAUUAAUUAACUGGACAGGAAAAAUACUAUUCUAACACAUGGGGAACUAAGGCACUUUGGCCCAGAUCAUAGAGUCAUAGACGUGUACAACUGGAAGCGACCUCAAUAGCUCAUCCACUCCUGUCCCCUGUACUCAAGGCAGGACUAAGGAAUAACUAGACCCGGGGUUGGCGAAUGGGAGUUGCGGGAUGCGAACUCCAACCACUGGCAGCUGUGAGAAGCUGUGCCUGUGGACGGUCAAUGUAAACAAAGUGUCUUGCGGUCUGCCAGCGAACUACUAUGAUGGGUCACGUGCCGAAGGUUGCUGACCCCUGAACUAGACCAUUCCUGACAGGUGUUUCUUUAACCUGUUCUUGAAAACCUCCAAUAAUAGAGAUUCCAUAACCUCCCUAGGUAAACUAUUCCCGUGCUUAGCUACCCUGACAGUAAAUUAGUUUUUCCUAAUUUCCACCCUAAACCUCCCUUGCUGCAAUUUAAGCCCAUUGCUUCUUGUCCUAUCCUCAGAGGUUAAGGAGAACAA